AUGGAGAUCUACACUCUCUCUCUCAUCUUCCUCUCUCUCAUACUUCCACCAUUACCAUCACAAGCAUGCCAUCACAUUGACCAUCAAUCACUACUUGACUUCAAACACAAAAUCACAUUUGACCCAUCAAACCUCCUUCAAUCAUGGACACCUCAAACUGAUUGCUGCAAAUCAUGGAACGGCAUUGCUUGCAACUCCGCCGGUAGAGUCAUCAAUCUCACCCGCUCCGGUCUCGUUUCCGGCGACGACUUCAUCCUUGACACCUCCAUGUCCGGUACUCUCUCUCCUUCUCUCUCUAACCUCACAUUUCUCCAACUUCUUGACCUCAGUAACCUUAAAGAUUUAUCUGGUCCGAUCCCGCCUCAGUUUGGAAAACUUUCACGUCUUACCCAUUUGUUUCUUGAUUCCAAUAAGUUUUCCGGUUCAAUUCCGGUCACUUUCCGAUCACUUUCGCGGUUACAAAAGCUUUAUCUUAGUAAUAAUAUGUUCAAUGGGGAGAUCCCAUCGGUGGUUUCCAACUCUAAUGGAGGUGUUAAUUAA